AUUAAUAAUUUAAAUAACGAGGCAUACAUUUAAAAGUCGCAAUUGCGUUUGUUCUGAAAUUCAACUGUCAAAAUUUUCUUUUCAUUUGGCGUUGUAAAAUGUAAAAGUUGUUUACACCAUAGUAAAUUAUUUCACCCCAACUCAACACAGAGAAAAUUAUUACCGUUUGGCACACAGUAUAAAUUACGAUAUUUUUUAAUGAUGGCAUCCCUCUUUAGGUUCGCCAUUAUUGCAUAUCUAUUCUGACGUUUUAUUGUUAGGUUUUAGCCAGGGAUAAAGCUUUAGCAUUUUAGUGUGAAAUUAAUUUUAGUGGAAAAAAGCAUAAGGUUUGUUUUACCGGAUAUAUUUUUUUUAUAAAUGGCAUUACAAACAUAUGGAGACAAGCCUGUGGCUUUUCAGCUGGAAGAAGGUGGGGAAUACUAUUAUGUCGGCUCUGAAGUGGGAAACUAUAUGCGUUUAUUCCGUGGUAUCCUUUAUAAAAAGUAUCCUGGUAUGACGCGGUUAGUACUUUCCAAUGAAGAACGUAAAAGGCUAGCUGAUUCCGGAUUGAGUUCACACAUAUUAGCGAGUUCUGUAUCACUACUACGAGCCGUAGAAGUAGACGAUAUAAUUGCAGGAAAUGAUGAAAAAUAUCGAGCUAUAUCCGUAAACACAUCGGAAGCACCAUUACCGCGUGAAAAUAAAUCUAAAAAACAGCCACAAUAUGUGCCCACUAUGCCGAAUUCUAGUCAUUUGGACGCAGUCCCACAAGCCACUCCAAUAAAUCGUAAUCGCGUUCAUACCAAGAAAGUUCGUACAUUCCCUAUGUGUUUUGAUGAUACCGACCCAACAGCUAAUAUUGAAAACGCAGGACAGAAAGAAUGUUUAGUACCGAUACGUUUAGAUAUGGAAUUGGAAGGUCAAAAAUUGCGUGAUACAUUCACUUGGAAUAAAAAUGAGAGUAUGAUAACACCAGAACAAUUUGCUGAAGUACUUUGCGAUGAUUUGGAUUUAAACCCCAUACCUUUUGUUCCUGCCAUUGCUCAAGCCAUUCGACAGCAAAUAGAAGCUUUUCCAAAUGAGCCUCCGAUACUUGAAGAAAGUUGUGAUCAGCGAGUUAUCGUUAAACUUAAUAUUCACGUCGGAAAUACAUCACUUGUUGAUCAAGUUGAAUGGGAUAUGUCUGAAAAGAAUAAUAAUCCCGAGGAAUUCGCUAUAAAGCUAUGUGCUGAGCUCGGCUUGGGAGGGGAGUUUGUAACAGCAAUUGCGUACAGCAUACGCGGCCAAUUGUCUUGGCAUUGUCGCACUUAUGCUUUUAGUGAAGCUCCCCUAUCUACUAUUGAUGUUCCCUUCCGUAAUCCCAGCGAUGCUGAUGCUUGGGCACCAUUCCUCGAAACAUUAACGGAUGCUGAAAUGGAAAAGAAAAUACGUGAUCAAGACCGUAAUACGCGUCGCAUGCGUCGUUUGGCCAACACGACAACGGGUUGGUAAAACCUUUCAAUAUAUGCAUAGGUUUUUAGCGACGAGUCAAGUUCAUAUACAUAUAUAUCGAAGUAUUUUGCGCUGAAUGCAAUAAUGAUAUGUUUCUAGAUAUAAAUGGUAUUUUUUCGAAUUAACAAAUAAAUGUAGAUUGAAAAAUAAA